GGGAGCAGUUUCAUGGCCUCGGGUCUAUGUACUGCAGAGGAGCAGCUGCUGUGAUCCUCACGUAUGAUGUGAACAGCCUCCAAAGCCUGACUGAGCUGGAAGAAAGAUUCUUGGCGCUGACGGACAGUGCGAGCGCUGACUGCAUUUUCGCUAUUGUUGGAAAUAAAGUUGACCUCACCGAUGACUGUGCUUUACCGCCGGAUGAAAAUAGACCCGAGAAGUCUGUUGCCAGCUGCAGCUCGAAGGUGCGAAAACAAGUCCGUGCAGAGGAUGCGAUUGCGCUCUAUAAAAAGAUACUGAAAUACAAAAUGCUAGACGAGAAGGAUGUUCCGGCCGCGGAGAAAAUGUGCUUUGAGACCAGUGCUAAAACGGGAUACAAGGUGGACUACCUCUUUGAAACCGUGUUUGAGAUGGUCGUCCCGAUAAUUGCACGGCAGAAAGCGGAGGGGCCACCGCAAACUGUAGACAUUACGGACUACAAGCCAGCAAAAAGGACAAAAUCUGGUUGUUGUGCCUGAACC